AUGAAAACCUUGCUUUUUAUCGGAUUUCUGUUCUUGUUGCAGAUCUAUUCUGCAUUUAGUGACCUCUUCACGACUGUUAUGGUUUUGGCUCCCAAAAAUCAUGGCAUUUGGUCGGCAUGCACUGAGUAUUCGAUUACAUAUUUAGAUCACUCGUUGGUAUAUUCGCUUAGCGGAGCCCCUACUGUGCCUCAAGUAGGCGGUUACGAGUUAGGGAAUGUUACUUCUGUUGCCGAUCUCCAUGGAUUUGAAUACGUCUUAUUCCCUUAUUCUUCUAAUGGUACUGUCGACUACUGUGGAUCUAGCACUACAAUUUGUCGUUUUGUAGGAUAUCACAAUUACAACCUUCCAAGAGAUCGUUAUUGCAUCGCUGUCUUAAAUCCAAACAAUGUAGACUAUUACAUAACGAUGGUAUAUUCUUUCGGAGGUACUGCUGCUCGUCGUAGCAUUGAUAACUCUGCGAAAUCAGCUAAGAAAAAUAUUUUCGCUCGCGAGUUCCAUCGUCGUGAUUUUGUGGCACCAGCGCCCUCGAAAAUGAUUGCUGAUAGGCUCUCACAAUCUCAGAAGUAA